AUGCAUAUUCCUCUGAUAGUGUACUUCCUCUUCGCUUGGGUCAGUAAUGCUACUGAUUGCGACUUCGUGGAUCAAUGUCACGCCAUUGGUGCGACACUGCUGCAGUUGGUUGAAUGGUGCUCCUAUCCUGCACCUAUGCGAGAUUUGUGGAUCUGGGCGACCAUUUUGAGUCGUUUUGACGCGUUGAUCACUUUGGAUCAAAAGGAUGAGUCAUACAUUAUGCGGAGUUUCGAAUGCGCGUGGCCAGCUCGUGGCCAUGUUCCAAAGCCUUUGCACUACUUGCUGCGCAUUCCAUCUUUGCCACGCUCUGUGAAUGUUUUGCACUCCUUCAAUGUCGUGCUCGACAGCUGGCAAAAGUUUCUUCCUACUCAGUACGAGCACCUGAUUCCUUAUGACCGAGAUGAGAUGUUCCGGUCUCUGCAGACCUUGUCUUGGUGGAAUGCAAAUUUUCUUUUCAUUUUGACGGAUAGCCCACCAUCUUCCGGCACUGAUGACGGAGAGAAAGAUGCAGAUGAAGAUCCCGUGGAUCGCUUUCCUGAUGAUUUGCUGACAAAGAAAUUUCGUGGGAUGGAGGACACCAGCCUCCAUCCCACGAAAUUUCUUUGUCAGCAAAUCAUCCUGGCAAACGUGCUGAAGGUGCCUUCACCUGCCGACGCCACGAACGUGGCCAGUGCUGUCUUUCCGACUGCAACGGAGGUUGGCCGCGUCCCCGAUCUGCGCGCUGCGUCCGCAAGACACCGGAGGAGCUCUGCAGUUGCCUUGGCGAGUGCAGGUGCACCCCUGGUUGCGUUGGCCUCCAUGCGUGGUGCCGCGACACGUGCGCGGCGAAGCAAGGCAGCAUACAAGGUGCCCUGUCAAGCGCAGGAUGAGAGCGAGGCCGCAGAACAGCUUGCGGCCCUAGAAGCUGAACUGGAGGCCCUGGAGGAUGAAAUGGAGGAGGAACGACUGCGGCAAGCAGAUCUGGAUGAAGCCCAAACCAUGGACAAGAUCCAGCAACGCUUCAAAGAUGCUGCGCCCGGCUUAGACUCCGAAGUGGUGCCUGGAAGGGGCUCUGCCGCCGUGGGCGUCGCGGCCAGCGUGUGCGUCUGCGGCGUGAGUGGCGAAGACACGGUGGCGCAGCGGGUGCUGAGACGCCUCCAGGAGGAGGCUGUUGAGACGCCUCUGUUUCUGGGCUUCGACGAGUUGGGCAGAUCGCCUCCAGAUCGCCAUGCAAAAGGCCUGAAUUGGUUGUUGACCUGGGUGGCUGGCAUCAAUGGCAUCGACCCCGGUCACAUGCUACAGGCAUCGUUUCCCACACUGCCCUUCCACGGGCCCAUCCGGCCCAACUGCACCGUGUCCCAAACGCCCGCGCGGAAGCCGCCCAAGUUGGAUGAGCGACCCAUGCGCUUCCGGGAGCACGGCCUGGUGGCGCCCUCGCCGGGGAUCAACGCCCCUGCAGCUUUUCAUGAGGCCCACUACACCGUGAACGUGUGCAGGCUAAAAGGUCGCGGCCUUGCAUCGCCCUUCGCAACCAGCUUGGACAAUGCGGCCUUCCCGCACUUCUUCUCAAUGGCACGAGCAGAGGAUGUAGCGGCCUUCGCCUCACAGACCCCUUUACCUCCUGUGGGUCGUCCUGGUGGUGUUCCGCUCCCCACACGGGUGGUGAAUGCACAGGACUCCUACUCCUUUGCGCGGGCCGAAGAUAUUUCAGGGAGGCCUUCUCUGCAAGAUACUUGGCCUAACUGCGCCGGCGGCACCGGCCAGAUAGUCUUUAGUGAGGCCUCGACGCAAUUUGGAAUGGAAGAGCCCGCGGAGACCUCGGCGCCGAGCAGCCACUCUCUGACCUCCACAAUGGCCUCCCCGGAAGCUCUGGCCACGUUCCCGUUCGUGGUGCGGGAACGGGGAGUCGAGAGCGGCACCUUCGCGGGGACGUGUCGGGCCGCGCGCCUGGCGUUCCGGCGCUGGUGGCCGACUUUGGCGCGGUGGAUGUUGCUGGAGUUACUGCAGGGGGUCACCCGCACAGGGCAGUCAGCUGUCUACUAUGACACGCAUGACGACCCUGACGCGGCCCCGCCUCGCCCGAGGGGCCGAGGGCUGAGUCACGCAGAAGCGUGGUAUGAAGGGCUCUCCUGGCGAGUGGCCGCCCUGCCCCAAGGCCUUGACGCACCAAGCGUUGACGCACCAAGCGCCGCCAAGGCGCGGCAGCACGGGGCAGCAGAGGUGGUUAAAAUGGCCGCGACCGCCCUCGCCGUUGCCGCUCUCAGCGUGGCGGGCACGUUGCUCACGCGCGAGGAGGCUGAGGAGUGGUCGCCCGUCCCUGCUGGCCGCAACGGGCGGGCAAGCUUCGAAGCUUAUGACCCGCUGGCCAAGCCUGCUCCGGCCCCGUGCGGGGCAGCGGCGAGCCCAGAAGCGGCAUGGAUGAAAUUCGAAGAGGUCGACGAAGCCUUGAAGAACUGCACGGCUGCAGUCAUUUGCCCGGAGCCUUCAGAGGCCUCGGAGUCGGCGCUGGAGGGCGCCAAGUUGGCGCUGCGCCAGGUCUUGACGGGCGCGGAAGAGCUGAAGCAGGUGAUCUUGUUAAGCCAUGUUGGGGCACAGGACAGCAAGGGAGGGUUCAACCUGGGUGCUUUCUUCAGCCCCAGUGGGACCUCCUGGGCCAGCAUUGAGGAUGAGCUGACCUCUACAGCCCGCGCUCGAAGCGCCCAAAAGGCGCUACGCCACGUCAUCGUACGGGUUUCGGAUCCUCCACCUACAUCAGCGUCGAGACAGGUGCGAUGUUUGCCUGCAGAUGAAAGUGCCGAGGGCUACACCAGCCCAGAAACAGCGGCAGAGGCCAUCUACCAGGUCUUCAAUCGCUCCGUGAAUUCGAGCUUCAUUGUGCUGGAGGCGCUGAAAGAUGCUGAUGAAAUGGAUGAAAUGGAUGGUGAGAGCGAUGCUCCAGCGCCUGACUGGGGUGAGCUGUCGGAUGCUCCAGGGGACUCAGGGGACUCAGGGGACUCAGUUGCUGCCCUUCGUGGGCCCCGAAGUCUGGCGAAUCGAGGUGCAAAGCGUUACGCGCACGGUGCCUGGCAGCCCAGGAUGACACAUGGAAUCUCCGCAACGCUAUUUCUCCAGCAAUGGGCGGAUGAGUUUUUUGGUCCCGGCAAAAGCGCCUUGCGACAGGGUGUCCGGCGGCCCAGGGAUGAUGUUUCGUCCAUGAGUUGGAAGAUGAAGUCCACAUGUUCCGUUUUUUCCAUUUGGUCAUUUAACAGUUUGCUAUUGAACAUCGCCAUUCUUGUGAAUAGGUCAUAUAUAUAUAAUAGUUACGAUCGGCCAUUUUCAUCCAUUUUCCUUCGAUUUUCGUUUCAAAAUGUGGACCAAAUUAAGGAACAUUUCGAUGGAAGGCGAAAGGGGGUACAUGUUUGGUGGAUAUGUGUGGUGGGUUUUGUGAAUUUGACACUUGACAUGUUUGUUCUGGUUGGUGGUUUGGAACAUUUUUUAUUUUUCCAUAGAUAUUGGAAAUAA